AGUUUUUGACAGUGGCAUUUCAAUCAUCCAGCAAUGCCGUUCAAACCCUAGAAGCCAAUCGACGUAACAAGGCGUGGGCAAUCCAAACAAGUCCCGUAAGGGAGUGUGGAGGGGGCGGAGCGCGAAUCUCGUUUUCACUGUCCCUUUGCUCCGGGUCAGCUCUCUGCAGCUUACUGUACACAUUGAUUACUGAAAUGAAUACGUGUUGAUUGAGUUCUGUUUUUAUCUGCUUUUUGUGGGUGGAAAAUGGAGUGCAACAGAGAAGAAGCAAUCAGGGCCAAGGAAAUUGCAGAGAAGAAGAUGGAAGGUAAAGAUUUUAGUGGCGCUCUCAAGAUUGCAUCCAAAGCUAAUAAGCUCUAUCCCGAGCUAGAUAACAUUGAACAGAUGAUUCUAGUCUGCGAGGUGCAUUGUUCCUCAGAAAACAAGAUAUGUGGGAAUGAGAAUGAUUGGUAUAGUAUUCUCAAGGUGGACCCCACAUCCAAUGGAGAAAUUGUAAAGAAACAGUACCGUAAGUUUGCACUCUUACUUCAUCCUGACAAGAACAAGUUCCCAGGUGCCACAGAUGCCUUUAAGUUGAUUGGUGAAGCCCAAAAGGUGCUAUUGGAUCAUGAAAAACGUUCCCUUUAUGAUCAGAAACGUUUGGGUAUUGGAAAAUCACACUCAAGGGCAAAAUACAGUUCGGUUUUCACCCCGCAGCAGCAGCAGCAACAGCCAACAUUUUGGACUGUCUGUUCAUUUUGUUCGGUUAAAUAUCAGUAUUAUGUGGAAAUGAAAGGAAAACUCUUGUGGUGUCAACAAUGUAAGACACAGUUUGUUGCGUCUGAGAUAAACACUCCAGGUCAGAAACAAAAUGACAAAAAUACACCCCAAUGUCACGUCAAGAUCAAUCCUCAAACUGUUCCUGUGGACCUUUCUGCAAAGGGCAGGAACGAAAGUAAAGUAAGCGCGGAAUCUAAGAAGGAAGAAAUCACUAGGAAAUCAACCCGGUCAAGGCAGCGUGAUUCUUCUGAAAAUUUCAACCCUUCAAAAAAGUCCAGAGCUGAUGUAAGUUCUAAAGAAAGCUUAUUCAUCGAGUACCCUUGCCCGGAUUUGAAUGAUUUUGACAAAACCAGAAGAGUAGAGUGCUUCAAGGCUGGACAAAUAUGGGCUUUUUAUGAUGUGUUGGAUGCCAUGCCUAGGUUCUAUGGUGUGAUAAACAAGAUUUUCUUGCCUGGAUUUAAGUUGCAAAUUAGCUGGUUAGAACCGGAUCCUGAUGAUAAAGAUGAAUUGAAAUGGGCAAUUGAGGGUUUACCAGUUUCUUGUGGUAAAUUCAGAUUAGGAAGUUCUGAAACCAUCAAACAUCUUCCUAUGCUGUCUCACAUGGUUUGCUGUGAAGAAGAAAAGACUAAAAAAGAAUCUUUCUACAACAUAUAUCCUAAAAAGGGUGAAACUUGGGCAAUCUUUAAAGACUGGGAUAUCAACUGGCACUCUCAUACUGAAAUCAAGACGAAGUUUGAGUAUGAAUUUGUUGAGGUCUUAUCAGAUUGCUGUAAGUCUAGUGGCGGUGUGGAUGUUGCUCCUUUGGUUAAGGUGAAGGGGUAUAGGUCCCUUUUUACCCGCAAGGAUGAGAAGAGUAGGGUUUGGAUUUCCUUGAAAGAGGUGUUUAGAUUCUCCCACAAGGUUUCUAGUUUCAAGAUGAAAGGAACAGAAGGGGAAGGAAUUCCUAAUGGGUCUUUUGAACUCGACCCUGGUUCCUUGCCAGUUAGCAGCAUGAUUAAUGGACAGGUCAAGGGAAUCUCGUAAAUUAAAAUGAAAAACUGGAGUGAUGAACCCACCUUUUCUAGUUUGAAACCAGAACAAGGCUACUUAGCUGUCCGAUUACGUAUUGUUUUGCAGGAAAGUUGUUCUAGUACUAGUAACAGUUGAAAACUGGGGAGCAUUAUUGAUUUUAACUUCAUGUACAAAGAGCAUUGAAAGGUGGCUAUUUUUCUUUUGCAUAUGUCGAUUUCUAGUAUAUAAACUAGACUUUUCUUUUUGGAGUUAAAGAAUUGCUUGAUGUAAUAUACCAAUUAUUAGGUCAUGCUCUUAUAAAGAUUGGAUGCCUACCCAUUAUAAGACAAGAUUGAAAAUAUUUUGAAUCCAA